UCAAACCGUCAUAUUAAUAAAUUUAAACUAACCUAACAUUUAAGUAGAAAAUCAUAACAAUAUUUUUAUAGUUAUUUCUGGCUACAUUAAAUUAAAAUGGUCGACGAAGAAGAACAGAAGGAAUAUAGAUGGGAAACUGGUUACGAAAAAACCUGGGAAGCAAUAAAGGAAGACGACGAUGGGUUCCUCGAAGCUUCCGUGGCCGAUAUCAUCCAAAGGGCCAAACGGAAGCGCCAAGCACAAAAGCAAGGUAACUCUAAGCUUGGUAUGAUGAGACAUUUGUAUGUUAUUCUUGAUUGUUCUGACUCCAUGUCAAGCCAAGAUCUUAAACCAACUCGUCUUCUUUGUACCGUUAAGAUUAUGGAAAAUUUCAUUGAGGAAUUUUUCGAUCAAAAUCCAAUCAGUCAGAUGGGUAUUAUUAUAAUGCACAAUAAAAGAGCUGAGAAAAUUAGUGAUUUAGCUGGGAAUGCACGGAAACAUAUCAAAGCAAUUAACAACUUAAAACAAACUUCGCUCAUAGGGGAACCUUCAUUGCAGAAUAGUCUUGAAAUGGCAUUGAGGGCUUUGAAGUUGUUACCAUCACAUGCCAGUAGAGAAAUUUUGGUUGUUAUGGGAAGUUUAACCACUUGUGAUCCUGGAGACAUUAACACUACUAUUUUGAAUUUGAAGUCAGAAGGUGUAAGAUGUUCAGUUAUAGGAUUAGCAGCUGAAGUCCAUGUAUGUCGUCGAUUAGCUAAUGAAACUGGUGGUCUCUAUAAUGUAAUACUUGAUGAUUGUCAUUUUAAAGAUUUGUUGUAUCAGCAAGUAGAUCCUCCUCCUGCUGCUCUGACUCUUGAAUCCAAUUUAAUUAAAAUGGGAUUUCCACAUCAGAUGUCUGUGGAAGGUACAGAAGAACCGUUAACAAUGUGCAUGUGUCACGUGGAUAGUACAGAUGAGGGUAGUAAACUCAACACAGGGGGCUACUAUUGUCCUCAAUGUUACAGUAAAUAUUGUGAAUUACCUGUAGAGUGUCGAGCGUGUGGUUUGACACUAGUAUCAGCCCCUCACUUAGCAAGAUCUUACCAUCACUUAUUCCCAGCAGCCAAUUAUGACGAAAUUACAUAUGAAAAUCAAACUCUCAUUUGUUUUGCAUGUCAGAAGAAUUUUUCUGAAACUGAUAAACAAGUGUAUCGGUGUCCAAACUGCACAAAGAUAUUUUGCAUCAACUGUGAUAUUUUCGUUCACGAUAUUCUACAUACUUGUCCAGGCUGUGCCACGAACUUAUCAACAUUCCAAAUAGCUCAUAAUACAACUCAGUAACACGUUCAGUUUAAUAAAGAAAUAGAAAAUAGUUACAUUAUUGUUACAUAUUAAUAUAAUUUAUAAAUGAGAACAAUAAAAAAAUGAUUAAAUAAAUAAGCCAUUCAAGUUA